AUGGCUAUCUCCCGAACAUCCGAUUGUUGUGAAGAAAUCAAACUUUGGAUGACCAACAAUAAGCUACAGCUGAACGCUGAGAAAACUGAAGCAAUUCUCAUUGGUCCAUCACAGAGGCGCUGCAAAUCAACAGCAUCAACAACGAAUCUCCAGAAGGCCUACCAGGACGAUGACGAGAUCAAGAGGUUCGUCCGGAGAUGUGCCGUCUUGCCUUUGGUGCCAGCACAGGAGGUAGAGGACCUGUGGCUGGAUACCUUGGCGACGAUGCCAGAUGAUGACCGGUGCCGACAACUCGGGGACUACAUGACCAACUUCUGGGUGGAGGGAGAUCUGCACAUGACGCAAUGGAACCACCACAACUCAGAUGGGCCAAGAACAAACAACCACCUAGAAGGAUGGCAUUCCCGCCUGAAGAAAUACGUCGGCAAGGCUCAUCCAAACAUUUUCGAGAUUGUGUCCUUCUUGUCACGUGAACAGACCAACACCGAAAACAAGCUAGUCCAGUAUGCUGCUGGCCAGAAGCGUCCCUCCAAAAAGAGGAAAUACAGGAAUUUGGAGCGGCGACUGGAUAACAUCUGUCACCAGCUUGAACAAGGAACACUGUCCGUGAGGCAGUUUGCUGAUUCAGCAUCCCACCUAUUCGUUUAGGUUAAAAUCUUUGAAAAAAUGUAUGCUAUAU